AUGGAUUUCUCAUCCCAUUCGCAACAUUUCGACAGGAUGCAGAUGUCAGGUCAAGCAGAUUCGAAACCUGGUCUCCUCUCGCAACCACAAGCUCCACCUCAGAUCAGUGUAUCUGACUGGGCAAGAUGGAGAUCCCAGGUAUUUCCCAUGCCUCUUCACCAGUAUGAAGGUUACAGCUUUCCUCGGGUUGCUGAUGAUGAGCCAUACGGCUUGGGCCCGUUAACUCAGGAGCUCCUCGGAGAUCCAAACGCAUACACUGAUGGCUAUCGCUCGCAUGUCAACCCCACUAUGUCUGGCGCAACCUCAGAGAUGUUGGGCUCCCAGGCUGCAGAGGGUCACUCAGAUUGGCCACUUUUGCAAUCCUCCCUUGUCUUCAAAGACCAGUCAUACAACUAUCCUCAGAGGGAGUCUCUUCAGCCACCUCCACACUCCCCACCAUCGCCACUUUCUGAUGGCUCCUCCUACCAGUCUCCUGCUUCGUUCGGUGCUUCGAGCCCAGGAGUGACGGUUCAGACGGCAGACCGUUUCUCGCCCCGUUCAACCACUGGUGACAAUAACCAGGAGCGUCACAGUCAGCCUCCCUAUUCUAUGCUCAUCUACCAGGCCUUGAAGGAAGCCCCGGGGCACAAGCUUCAGCUCCAAAACAUUUACUCCUGGUUCGAAGCGAAUACAGACAAAGGAGGGGAUCCAAACGCAAAGGGAUGGCAAAAUAGUAUUCGCCAUAACCUUUCGAUGAACGCGGGCUUCGAAGCAGUAAAGGAAGAAGUCGGGCCAGGUAAAAAGGCAGUGAACUUCUGGAGGCUGACGGCGGAAACCAUCCGGAGCGGUUCCAUUCAAUCAACUACCCGGUACCGCAAGCUUCAACACCACAAGAAACCACUGUACUCAGGCCAUCGCGGGGCCACACGUCAGCAGCCGGAGUUCAAGGGGGUCCACGCCAUGAAGGUCGUCAAAUCACGCAGUGCGAACAGUCCACAAAACGACCGCGCCGAAGCAUAUCACCGGCAGCAAAUGAUGGACACGAACCCUAGCCUCGAACAUGAAUACGGUCCCACGAGCCUUCCAACAAUGCAAAGAUACAUGCAGCACCCCGUAGGCCCCGUGGUCGGAUGCACCCCGAUGAUACCAGGCAACAAUACGGUCUUCCUCGAUACCAUGGAGCCAGGACCGGCAUUUGACGUGGGCCAUAACCAUGAUUGGUACACUCCGGAGUCGGGCUUCAACAGGGUCCAUGACCCACUUGAGGGUCUCAGUCGAUCAUCUUAA